AUGGUAAACUCGCUUCUCGCCUGGACCGAGGACGAGCUCCAGUACCUCAACGCCGUCCUGCGAUGGAAAGAUGCGCCCGCGGAAGAAUACAAGCGACUCUCCGACGGUGGCGCAAAUGAUGCGCUGUCCAAACUCGACCUGCAGGGCUCGAAAUCGGUGCAAGAAACUAAAGAAGAGGAAAUCAUGAUCCUCGUUCUCGGUGCCGAAGGCGUAGGAAAGACGGCUCUUGUCCAAAAGUUUGCCAAAACCCACCACCACCCCUCCACCUCGAAACCCAACCGCUACCUGCUCACCCUCCCCUCAGAUCACUCUUCCGGCAGGGACAAGUCGACUACCUACACCCUCCAUACUCUCGAGCUCCCCCAUCCCUGGUCCACCACCACGCGCACUACACACCCGCACCUUUGGACGCGCACUCUGACUGAGUACGACGGCGCCAUGAUCCUCUACUCCGUCACCGACCCUUCCUCCCUCGAGCACGCCACAUCCAUCGCCUCCGCCAUCCGUGACCACUUUGCCUCCCUCCCUCAGUUCAGCGAGGACUUGGUCCCCUUCAACAAACCGAUCGGCAGAGGAUCCAAAGCGCACUACCUCCACUUCAAAAAGACUACCAAGAAUGUAGUCAGAGAAUUCGCCAUGGUUCUUGUAGGAAACAAAAGCGACGUGGACAUCCUGGGCGGCGCAGCUAUUGCUGCCACUGCCGCCGCAACCGCAGGCUCACUGAGCGGGCUCGGCCUUGGACUCAGCGGGAUUGGAGAGAGGAAGUUGUCGACAAAGGAAGGAAAAGAAGCCGCCAAGAAACUGGGACUGGCUGAGGCGUGGUUUGAGACGUCGGCGGGCGUGACGGGGGAGAAUGUCGAUGUCGUUUUUGAGCGGGUCGCUAGGGAGGCGGUGAGGAAUAGGAGAGAGUAUAGGGAGAAGAAAGGAGAGCUUGAGAGAAAUGGGAGCGAGGCGUUGUUGAAGAGGGAUUCGGAGAUGGCGGAGAGUACCGCUACAAAGAGCAAGGGUGUUGGUGGAUUAUGGAGGAGUCUUACGACGGGGUGGUUGCCGUUGUUUGGGAAGAAGAAGGGUUAG